UUGUUAAAAAUAUGUAUGGCGAGUUGACUGGGUUUUGGUUCACCGACCUGACGGACGUGACGUCACGGGUUGUAACAGCGUUGAGGCGUCACCCUCCUUCCUCGGCCGCCGUACCUUCUCUAAGCAGGGUUGUUGUCAUACGCGACGAUGUUACGUCCGUCCCUCGCUUCGUUCUAGCUCCCGAGGCAAGUUACACCGUGUAACAUGAACGAAGAACGUGCCGUCCCGCCUCCGGAGACCGCUAUGACCCAGAAGGGGGGCCUUCUCAACUGCCGGGCCCUGUUCUUCCUCUUCCUCUGGUACUUCUUCUCCGGCUGCACACUAUUCCUCAACAAGUACAUACUGUCGUACAUGCAGGCGGAUCCGACGGUCCUCGGGACGUCGCAGAUGCUCAUGACCAUGGUCUGCGGCUGCGUCCAGCUCUAUUUCCCCUGCGGUAUGUACAAGUCGCACCCGCGACUCUCCAAGCCGCCCGGCUUCUACAAGCAUAUGGUGCUUGUCGGCUGCACCAGGUUUGCGACGGUCCUCCUUGGCCUCGUCUCGCUCAACUACGUCGCGGUCAGCUUCACUGAGACUAUCAAGAGCUCGGCGCCUAUCUUCACCGUCUUCAUCUCAAGGUGCCUUUUAGGAGAGGAGACGGGUCUUUGGGUCAAGCUGUCCCUUCUGCCGGUCAUGGGCGGGCUCGCCCUUUGCUCAAUUAACGAGAUUUCCUUCGACGCACGUGGUUUCAUCGCAGCCAUGGCGACCAAUUUUACGGAAUGCUUGCAGAACGUCUAUUCGAAGAUGCUAAUCUCCGGAGACAAGUUCAAAUACUCGCCCGCGGAGCUCCAGUUCUACACGAGCCUCGCCUCCAUGCUUCUCCAGGUGCCGACGUCCCUCGUAUACAUGGACUCGUCGUCCCUCGGUGGUGUGACUCCGUCGCACAUGGUCGCAUUCGCUCUCAACGGACUCUUCUUCCACCUGCAGAGCAUCACCGCCUAUGUCCUUAUGGACUAUACCAGCCCGCUGACGCACAGUGUGGCCAACACCGCCAAAAGGGCCCUGCUCAUCUGGGCGUCGGUCAUCAUGUUCGGCAACCCCGUUACCGGACUUUCAGCCCUCGGCACGUGCACCGUCAUCUUCGGCGUCCUCCUCUACAACAAGGCACGUGAGAUCGACACCCUCUCGGCCAGACACGGCAAACUCGAUGAAGCGUUCGAACCGUUGCAGCCGGUUAGGAGGAUUUGACUCUUCGCUUCCUCCGUCGCCCAGAAGGAUCGAUCAAAACAUUUUCUCAAAAUAUUCCAGAGCCAAAACCGAUGAGGAAAAUUCUUUUCCCGCCCAACUUUUUUUAAAACUAAAAAGAAAAUUAUGUGAUUGUAUAUAAUCAAACAAACUCUGAGGGUUAUUUCGAAAUUUCCAAACCUCGGAUUAAUUGUGAUAUAUAAAACUAAUUAUUAUAAUAUAGACUUAUUAUCUUAACCCCUUCCCCUCCCCCUCUAUCCAAGAAGUACUGUGAACACAAAGAAUUUUAUUUAUGUAAUAGAUCUUAGGUAAUUUAUUAUGUAUAUUAGGUAAAAGUGUUGUGCUACUGACUUGUUUAUUUUGGUUCAUUUUGUUCUUUUGUACAGUGUAUAUUAUACUUUUGUAUACUAUAUUGCGAAAAAGAGAGAGAAGGAAAUUUAAAAAUAUAUAUCUUAUUUGUCAAUA